ACAGAAUGGAAGCUUCUGGAUCUCAGACAAAGGACGCUCUACAAGCGAGUGAUGCUGGAGAACUACCACCACUUGGUGUCACUGGGGUUUACAAGCAUCUGUUCCUUGCCUCAAGCCACAGAGAGCCCAGGACAUAGAGGCCCAGGACUUGGAGAAAUCGGGAAAGAGCUGGGGCAUGCUCCCCCACUGCGCCCCUGCCUUUGGGGUUGCAGGGGAUCCUUUUGUUCUGUUUCUUCUUUUAGACUCUACAGAUUCCACCUCAGUCAUCUAACCCCACAGAGGGAGACUAGCUUCUUCCCCUUGGUUGUUUUUGACCCUUAUCAGGCAGAUCUGGGGUUCCCCAGGGAAGUUGUGGAUUCCUCAGUGGAGUCUGGCAUAAGGAACAGAGACAUCUGCUCUGUCUGAUGGUGAAACGGGGCUUUGGCUUUCGGGGCACAGGCAGCCCUUCAGCUCUGUCUGCUUCUUGAUACUCCCUGGGGCCUUGCUCCAACCCUCUGUUUGUCCUUCAGGGUCUCCACACUGAUCCCCCAUUUCCCACAAGCCAGCCCGUCCUGCAGGCCAAAUAAUAACAUCAUUAUCCUCUUGGGCUGAAUCACCACCUACUUAAGAUUCACCGUGCAUGCCUGGCCCCUGUACACUCAGAGCACCUUGCUUCCUUAGAGGGACUCUGCCGUUUCUCUGGACCUUCCCAGUGGCACUUUCUAGAAAGUUCUUCAUUCUCUGUUCCUGAAGAUACUAAUGCUGGACUGAGUCCAGGAGUGACUAACCUGCUUCCUUUUCAUGGACAGGGUUUUCAUCCUCCAAGCCUCACCUGGUCUCCCGGCUAGAGCGAGGAGAGGGGCCCUGGGUAGCAGACGUCCACAGGAUGGGGACCACCACAGGGAUGCAGGCAGGUGACAGGAUGAAGAGCAAACCGAUAAUUUCAAAGCAGAAAAAUUGUCCAGAAGAACUCGCAGGGGCUGACCUUCAGGGUGGCAACAAGGGCCAGGUAGCCGGGCGGUCAGAGGAAACACUUGAGCACAGACGGAAACAUGCUUAUUGCCCACAGACAGGUUUCAGCAGGGGUGACCCUCCCAGGGAGAAAGGCCAAGGCAGCUCCCCAGGUGAGGAAAGAGAGAUACAGAGAAGUAGCUGCAGAGGUAGGCAGGAUUUGGUUCUAAGGCAGCAGGGUUCCAAAGGCGCAGAGAAACAGUUCCUGUGUCAGCAGUGUGGGAAAUCCUUCAGCCGGAGCUCCAAUCUCAUCAAGCACCGGAUCAUCCACAGUGGCGAGAAGCCCUAUGAGUGUGGCGAGUGCGGGAAACUCUUCCGGCGCAGCUUCGCGCUCCUGGAGCACCAGCGCAUCCACAGCGGUGAGAAGCCCUAUGCGUGCGGCGAGUGCGGGAAGACUUUCACGCGCAGCUCCAACCUCAUCAAGCACCAGAUCAUCCACAGUGGUGAGAAGCCCUACGAGUGCGGCGAGUGCGGGAAACUCUUCCGGCGCAGCUUCGCGCUCCUUGAGCACCAGCGCAUCCACAGUGGCGAGCGGCCCUACACGUGCAGCGUGUGCAGCAAGGCCUUCAGCAGGAGCUCCAACCUCAUCGAGCACCAGCGCACACACAGCGGCGAGAAGCCCUACACGUGCAGCCAGUGCCCGAAAGCCUUCAAGGGCAUCUCCCAGCUCAUUCACCACCAGCGCAUCCACAGUGGGGAGAAGCCAUUCGAGUGCAAGGAGUGUGGGAAGGCCUUCCGGGGGCGCUCGGGCCUCAGCCAGCACCGGCGGGUGCACAGCGGUGAGAAGCCCUAUGAGUGCAGUGAGUGCGGGAAGACCUUCAGCCGGCGAUCCAACCUCUUCAAGCACCAGGUGGUGCACAGCGAGGAGAGACCCUACAAGUGUCAAGACUGCAGGAGGGCAUUCCGCAGCGGCUCCGUCCUCCUGGAGCACCGGCGCACCCACAGCAGCCUGCGGCCCGGCGCCUGCGGCCACUGCGGCCAGGCUUCCAAAGGGAAACCGCAGCUCGGCCGGAAGCCGAAAACUCACCGCGGAAGGAAGCUCUCGGAGGGGAUCAACUCAGAAAAGGUGCCGGCCUGCCUGGUCCUCUGGAGAGCCACUGCGGAGCCCUGCCCCGAGGACGAGAAACUCCGUCCAGACUCCGCCCACGCCACCGCCCCCAGCGCCUUCUGAUGGGGUGCACCGUGGGAGGGCUGGCUUUAAAAUGAGGCCCACCUUCCCCACCUCAUCCCCCUCCCUUUGCUCAUUGAUGAUGCUGCAAUUGAAGCACCGAGUGCACCGCAGGCAGACGGGCCCCUGCGCCCGUGCCGGCUCCUGUGCGGUGCGCACGGGCGUGUGUGUGCCGCCAAGGUGCACACACAUUUGUAUUCCACCCUGGAGCCGCUGAAAGUGCUCUUGCCCCAUGUGCCUGGGGCCUGAGUGCUGUGGGUGGGAGGGAGCGGAUGCCUUGAAUUAGGGAGGAGUGGCCCAUCUGCUCUCGUGGGGGCCUUCACUUCACCCAAAGACUUGUUAGCGUUUCCAGGUAGAAGACACGAAAAGCACUUUAAUCCUUUAAUAGCUUAAUAGUGGGAGGGACCUGAGGGCAUUCAAAAUUUGUGGGCUCCACAGCGAGGCUGUGGCUGGACUGUGACAUCACCUAAAAUUCAUCGAGAAAUGGUCUGAAAAAGGACUCAGGCAACUGCACGUGCCCGCGCCGGCAGCCCCUGAAGAGUGGCAUCUCCUCGGCGGGAAGGCACAGGACACCCUGCUUCUGGGAGGAGCAGCACCAGACCCCAUCUUCUGGGAGCUCGGGGGAUUCCGCCGGAUGGCUGGCCUGGGCCCUGCAGAGAAGAUGAGUCCUGGAGACUCUCGGCUUCUCCGCCCCAAGAGAGGAGCCCUUUGGCUCUGGUCCCUCCCAGCUGCCACCAGCUGCCCUGCUGCCUUUGGUCUCCUCCCCGCACCCUGAGCCCCUGGGCUCACCCCACCUGCUGCCUUCAGGCCCUGCCUGCAAAGGCCGCACUGGCCUCUCCGCCCCUUCUCCCCACCCUCAGUGCCUAAAGCUCCAAAGUUAGCUGCUCCCCCUGCAGCAGCCGUCCCUUGUGGCUGGUGCCAAUCAGGAGGAAAGCGGCCGGGUCAGGAAUUUGCACAGAGUGUGCCCAGUAAUGGCUCUCUCUCCUCAGCUCUCUUUCACGUGACAUUUCUUAAAAUAUUAGAGGUUCAGUUGCUUUGAAUGUUUUUGCCUUCAGGGGUAAUGUAAGUCAAAGAUAGAGAUUUUUGCCAUAUGGAAGUGUCAGGUAAUCACUCCUUAAAUAAGAAUCUGUCCAACUCUCUGAGAAGGCCUCAGGCAGGAGAGAGGGGGCCGCCCCAGGCCCGACACCAGUUAGUGUGCUGGCCCCUCUUCUCACUCCCCGCCCCCGGCCUUAGCCCCGUAGGGACGGGGUGGACCCUUCAAGUGGCACUUUACUGCAGGCCGUGGGAGACUCUCCAGGGAGACCUCGUGCCGCCUGGGGGGCAGCUGCUGGCAGGUUCCAUCCUGUCUGCUCACUCUGUCCCCAGAGCUGGGACCAGGAGUUCUGCCGCUUGCCGUUCUCAGCCCGGCGUCCCAGUUGGCUCGCCACCUCCUUCCAGCCCCCUUCGCCACCGUCACAGGCUGCCCGAGGGCAGGUGGGUGUGAUGGAGGCCCCCCACUGGGCCUCUGAGAAGCGCGCACUUUCCCUGCCAGACAGGGGAGGGCCAGACACCAUCAGGAGGGUGUGGGAAAGCCUGGAAAUACAGGGCUCCUUCUGCGCAUGCCACUUGGAGCUCCAACUGCUAGGACAACUCCAGAAGUGAGAGAGACAGAGAGAGAGAUCGAGGAGUUUUAUAUAGAUAGAGAAGUUUUAUCUAGAUAUAUUAAAAUGACUGUACACACCUGUGACUUAUGGAAAGUUCCAGAGUUGUAACUUGCUCUUGUCUCAUAGCCUCCUUGUGCUCUGCAUGUCACGUUGUCUUUGAGCCCAGAGCUUGGCACUUAGUAAAUACUUGUGAAAUGAGUGUUGCCCCCUUAGCACAUUGAACUCAGGUUCUAGGCCACAGUCGGCUCCAGCCUUACCUUGCGGCAGUGGAAAGUAUCUGCAACCUUGGGUUUUCCGAUAGAAAAAGAAGUAUUAGGAGCGGUGUCUUUGGAAUCCAUGCUAAGGUAGCUGGGAAGCAUGUGUUUCUAUGAGGUGCACACAAUGCUUGCUCAGGCGGCAGGGCUUCGGUAGACCAGUCCCCACGCAGGGCAGGGGACAGCGCCUGAGGCCUUGUGCUUGGGCUCCGGCCUCUUUUUUGUUCAGCCGGGGCUGCCCAGGAUUGGGGCGACAAUUGCUACGUGACAGGCCCCGGUAAGAGCGUAGAUCCGUGCGCACUGCCGUCCAUUUCCAUCGCUCUAGGAAGUGAACAGCUUCGCUCUCAUGGGCCAGCCAGCAACCAACUUUUAAUAAAGAAGAGUUGUAUCUCCCCAGCAUAGCAUCAUCGCAUUGGUUCUACUGGAUAAGCUAACUCGAUUUUUAACAUGAGUGCCUUUUUUUUCACCUUGGACCCACCCAGAGAUGACUAGAUACUGGGGGCGGGGGUCGUGAUGUCCAGUGUUUUCAACAGAAAGUGGACUUGCCGGGAAAGAUGCCAGGCACCUGCACUCCGGUCUCAGAGUGCCCUGAAAGGCUCCAAGGUCUCCAAAUGCUUACCCAGAUACAUGACAUUUAUAAUAGUAAUGCAUCUUUGGUUUGUUAAUUCUCCAUCUAACCUCACUCCUGAUCAUUAGAUGUUCACUCUGAUGCAGUUUUGAGUAUCAUUUUCUUUUAGAUGUGGUUAUCAAUCAGAUGUGCAACAGAAACUGAACGGGUGUCACGUGGAAUCAGCCAGAGAGUGUCUGGAGAGGAUGCUUACAUUUUUCCCUCUACAGUGCCUUGAAAUCUGGCUCCCACCAGGCAGGGUGGGGGACUGCGAUGGUGGCCCGCACUUGCUUUCUGACGACGACUGGAGUAUAAAAGCUGAGACUCUUGGGGGAUGUCCUGUCUGCUUUCCAGGCCCCCCCCCCACCACCACAGCGUCCCUUCACACUUCUGGACUGGGCUUCCACUCCAGAGAUGAACUUGCAAGACGCUGGACCAGCCCAUAGCACAUCAUUUGCCCUUUGAAACUUUGGACACUUUUCAAGAGCUGUUUAAGUGCCGUGGCAGUAUCUUCACGUAACUGGUAAACUGUCCCAACUGAAUUCAUUUACUUUGGGUGCAGACAAAUAAGGAAGGUCUGGGUGUUGGCCUUGAACGGCACCCUCUGGUGGAGACGGCAUCUACUGCGGUUUGAAGUAACGGCUAGCAGUUGGGUGAAAGGUCUCAGGAAAGGCCGCUGACCUAGACGUGGGGGGAAGCCGAGAGAGCGUGUCUGGGCGCCCCUUGGCCCCUGCAAAGGGAAGGCGGGAACCCUUGAAGUGGAGCUGCACGGGGACCAAGGGCAGCCACCCUGAAACAGCAUGGAUGGUGUCUUAGAACCUUUGCUUAGAUUGCCUGCGAGACUUGCUCUGCUUUGUGAAGCUGCCAGGACCCCGCCUCUUCACUCCCUUCCUCAGCGGUGGGACACAGUGGCUUUCAGUUGGGGCUGCUAAGUCUACGCCUGGUUAGGUAACGAGAGGUGACACGCCGUCUCUGGAGGUCAGGGUAGGACUAAGUAGCAGGCGAACUCCCAGGACAGGAAGCAGAGGUCGAGGGGCUUCCAGUGGGUAAAGCACAGGGAGCGUGUGGUGCUUUCAGGAACCCUAGAAGGGCGGAGGGCUUUCUGUAGGGCAGUCAUAGGGUAAAAGGUCAUUAGAACCAGAGGGCAGAGAGCCAGGGAUGCCAGGUGAAGAAGUUUGGUCUCUAGCUGGUUCCUGAGGAGGAGGAAUUUUUUUUAAAACAUGAAAGAAUUAUUCUAAGAUCAAGGAGGAGAAACGUUGACGCAGAUGGUAACUGCUGGAGUGUGUGAAUUUACACAUGGAUGACCACCAAGUAUAGACAGUAGAGUCAUCUAGACAGUUCUGACGCGCAUUGGGUGUUCACCUAUGGGAAUGAAUGGCAGCAGCCCACCACUCAUGAUGCUUUGACAUGAGCAGCCUCAAGUAGCACUUUGGGGAACUCCCACUUGCCCUGGGAGUUAUGACAAAUAUCUGGAAAACUUAGAUGGUUUUCUCUUAUGCUAGCCUCAGUGUGUGCAUGACUUCACAACACAGGGGCCCUCCAGGAUUUGAAGGUUGCUGAUUCUUCAUCUUUCUUGACAGCCUUAUAGACGUAUAAUUGGUGUACAAGAAACUGCACAUAUUUAAAUUGUACAAUUGGAUGAGUUUUGACGGCUUUCCACCUGUAAAACCAUCACAGCAAUGAAGACAGUAAACAUACGCCCAUCACCCUGCAAAGUUGCCUUGUCCCCCGGGUGCUCCCUCCUUCCUGCCCCUUCCUCCCCCCAACCCCGUCCCCACAACCACUGCCAUUUCUAUCAGUACACAUUAGUUUGCCUUUUCUAGAAUUCUGUGUAAAUGGAACCAUGCAGUAUGCACUCUUCUUGCCUGGCCUCUUAGUAUAAUGAUUUUGAAGUUCAUCCAGGUUGUUGUGUGUAUAUCAAUCCUUCGUUUUUUAUUGCUGAGUACUAUUCCAUUGUGU